AUGGAGUCGAUCGAGAAACGGUGGUUCAUCCAGGAGAAGAAGGGCAACAUCGAGGACUUCUACACGAUGAACACGGCGAAGAGCCUGGGCGAGGGGGCCAGCGGGUCGGUUUUCCUGGCCAAGCACCGCACCACCAAGUCGACCGCGCGUCAAGCGCAUCCCAAGCGGCAGGUCAAGAACCAGCAGCGGCUGGUCAACGAGAUCAACAUCCUGCGCACCCUCGACCACCCCAACAUCAUCCGGCUGUUCGAGACCUUCGAGGACGAGAAGUAUCUCUACCUGGUCAUGGAACUGUGUGAGGGAGGCGAGCUGUUCGACAUUAUCGUCGAGCGCGAGACCUUCACCGAGAUGGAGGCGCGCAAGAUAUUCAAGCAGAUCGUGCAGGCGGUGUCCUACUGCCACCAGCACAACAUAUGCCACCGCGACCUCAAGCCCGAGAACUUCCUCCUGCAGGACAAGACCGAGGACUCGCUCAAGGUGAUCGACUUCGGGUUCUCAGCUAUCCUCGGCAACAAGAACCCUGCCAAGAUCAGCAAGGAGCUCAAGACCAAGGUCGGAACGCCCUACUACAUAUCGCCCGAGGUGCUGGGGGGCAAGUACAACGAGGCCUGCGACGUGUGGUCCCUGGGAGUCAUCCUCUACGUGCUGCUCUCGGGUGAGCCCCCCUUCUGCGGGGACAAUGAGAGCGAGAUCCUCGAUAACGUGCGGGCGCGCAGCUACUCCUUCGGCGAGGAGUUUGAGGACAUCAGCAAGGAGGCACAGGACCUGAUCGCACAGUGCCUGCUGCCCGAGGACGAGCGCAUCACCAGCCAGAAGAUCCUGGACCACGCGUGGAUGAAGGAGGACUUCAAGAGCAAGGUCGACCUGGACAAGUCCAUAAACAGUCUCAAGGAAUUCCAGCAGUUCAGCAAGCUGAAGAAGAUCGUGCUGUCGUUCUUCGCCUACCAGCUCAGCGAGGACGAGUUCUCGGUGCUGGGCGAGGCCUUCAAGUCCUUCGAUGAGAACGGCGACGGGUACCUCACCCUCAGCGAGAUCCGCAAGGCCAUCGCGUAGUCGGGCAUCGGCAACAUGAAGGACCUCGAGCGCAUGCUGGUGGACAGCGACUACCGGAGGACUGAGAUCAACUACACCGAGUUCCUGGCGAGCAGCUUCGACAAGAGCAUCCUCAUCAAGGAGGAGCGGCUGGAGUCCCUCUUCAAGUCGCUGGACCUGGACGGCUCGGGCAAGAUCAACAAGGAUGAGCUCAAGGCGUUCAUGUGCCACGACAGCGAGAUGCGGAACAAGCCCGAGGCCUACUGGGACGAAAUCAUAAAGGAGGCGGACAAGAACGGGGACGGCGAGAUCGACUACGGCGAGUUCGUGGAACUCAUCUGCAAGAGCAGUCUCAAGGCCCUCGAGCAGGCGGCCUCCGAGGAGGCCCUCCGCCGCAAGGAGCAGGCCGUCUACGCCCUCGCCCAGGCCUACCUCGACCAGGGCCAGCCCCGCCGCAUCCGGGACUUCGUGGCCGCACAUCGGGAUACCCUCGAGUGCUUCCCCAAGCCCAAGGCAGCCAAGAUCCUGCGGGUGCUGAUCGAAAAACUGGACCAGGUGCCUGGCAGUGAGGGGCUGCAGAUCGAGAUGUGCAGGGACCUCAUCGACUGGUGCGAGGCCGAACGCCGCACCUACCUCAAACACAGGAUCAUCCUCAAGCUCUCCAACCUCGAGCUCAAGGUCGGCCAUCCUAACGAGGCCUCCAAGCUGAUCGAGCCCGUGGUGAGCGAGGUGCGCAAGGCCGACGACAAACAUCUCCUCGUGGAGCUGAAUCUGCUGGACAGCCGGCUGAACUUCGCCCUGCAGAAGUACGCCAAGGCGAAGGCGGCACUGACCUCCUCGCGGGCGAACGCGAAUCAGGUGUACUGCGCGCCGGCGCUGAUGGCCGAGAUCGACCUGCACUCGGGUAUCCUCUACGCGCAGGAAGACUUCAAGACUGCCUACUCCUACUUUUUCGAGGCCUUCGAGGGCUUCAACUCGAUCGGCGACGGGCGGCGGGCCCUCCCCGCACUCAAGUACAUGCUGCUCUGCAAGAUCAUGGGCGGCCAGCAGGAUGAUGUCGCCCAGCUGCUCGCCAGCAAGAACUGCCUCAAGUACGCGGGCCCCGAGCUGCAGGCCAUGGAGCACCUGGCCAGCGCCAGCGCCAAGAAGUCGGUCGCAGAGUUCAAGCAGGUGCUGCAGGCCCACCAGCCGCACAUCACCGGGGACCCAAUCCUCAACAGCCAUGUGGAAGGGCUCUACGAAGAGCUGGUCGAGCAGAACCUGUUCCUGAUAAUAAAGCCCUACCGAAGGGUGCAGCUGUCCUUUGUGGCGGAGCGGAUCGUGCUGGACGAGGCCUUCGUCCAGAACAAGCUGUCAGAGAUGAUCCUGGACAAGAAGAUCGAGGGCACACUCGACCAGCACGACCACUGUUUGAUCCGCUACAGCGAGGCCAAGCCCGACGAUCUCUACAAGAACGGGCUCAAGCAGUUCGAGGUCAUGAACUCCGUCAUCGACAAGGUCACCGCCUCGGUGAAGGCCCAACGCGCCAGCCGGCAUUGA